CGCGGACGUGACGCGGCGGGUAUAUAAAAGCCCGGAGGGAGCGCGCCCGCGCAUAUUCAGCGCAAGGACCUGGUCGUGGCGAGGACGCUGUGACGACGCAAGCCGCAAAGCUGGGCAACGAACCGCAACCCUGCUGGUCCCAUAUUCACACGAUGCAGCAGCAAGAAGCCGCAGCGCCUGAGCCGGAGUGCAGGGAAACCCAUCCUCCCGGGUUGGGCUUCCGUCUGGAGGCGCACAGGAUCGUCAGCAUAUCGCUGGGGAAGAUUUACCAUUCCCGGGUGCAGCGCGGCGGGAUCAAGCUGCAUAAGAACCUGAUGGUGUCCCUGGUGCUGCGCAGUGCUCAGCAGGUGUAUCUAAGCCAGUGCCCAGAGGACUAUGGAGUGUAUCCAAGCCCGCCUGACACUGCAGAGCCGGAGCCGUGCCCCGCAGCGGAGGUGCCGAGCCCGCCGGACACCAGCGACCCGCGGACUUGUUCGUGCCUGGCUCCCCGGUCGUGCAGGGCGCAGGAAGAAGAGACUUAUCAUUCCCGGGAAGUCCCGUGCUGCUACUGCCAGUCCCACGCCGGCUGCUCUCUGCCCGACACCGAUGCCAGUCACCCGGCAGAGCCCGCCAGCCCGUCCUGCUGUCGGAAGAGGAGCGGGGGCAGCACGCCGGAUGGGCCGCUCAUGAAGCGAGCGCGGCGGGAGCAGAGAGAGCAGGAAGUGCCGGAGCCCGGCGAGGAGGUGGAGGAGGAGAUGGAGACCGAGAACGUGGCCAACCUCAUCAGCAUCUUCGGCUCCAGCUUCUCGGGACUGCUCACCAAAGAGCCGGGGGCACAGACGGACGCUGAGCCCGGGCAGGAGGUGCAGGAGCUGGACUCAACCUCUGCGGCGCCCUCCGCCGGACAAGGCUGCAGUGAGCCGGCCAUAAGCUCCAGUAUCAGCCCCUGGAGCACAGCCAUAGAGGCUUUCUGAUGCCCCCACUAUGACUUAGAGACACUAGGGGGCGCCAGGGAGGGGGGUGAUCUGACCCGGAGGCCGUGCUGUUAUGUCCUAUCUAUGUCCAUGUUGUGCGGUUGGAGCAGUUGAUUAUUAUUAUUUUUUUUGUUUUGUUUUAUUAUUUUUUUCUAUGUAGACCAUGUGACGUCAUUGAUGGAAUUCUGUCGGUUACAAUGUAUCACUUUCUCAGUGCCACGCUUUGGGUUAACCCAUUCAUUGCUGGGGGGAGCUGCUGACAAGGAAAGAGAGGAAGGGAAGGGGGGGGGGGUGUUAAGUGCCUUACAGCAGUGGUUGUUAAUCUGAGAUGGUCCAGCUGCUGCAAAACUACAACCCCCAUCAUGCCCUGACAGCCUGCGGCUGUCAGGGCAUGAUGGGGGUUGUAGUUUUGCAGCAGCCGCCGCACACUGCCAGGUGGUCUCUAAUCUGUGGCUGUCCAGCUGUAGUUGGCAUGAUGGGUUAUGCAGUUUUGCAACAGCUGGACAGCCAUUCAAACACUGCUAAUAUCAUGGCUUGUUUUUUUGGGGGUUGCAGGUUCUCCUGGUACUGGUGGUGCAUCAGGCUUUUGCUGGGUAAAGUGGCACUAAACCUAAAGUUUCUACUGCCUGGUUGUGGUCUGUGCACUUUAGGUUUAGUGCCUCUUUUAAAUGUUUUUUUGAUUUGUGAUUUCUUCUAUAUUUGGGCUGAAUGUAUAUCCCAGGACAUUUUACAGUUGAUCCCAUCUAUUCACAAAUCCACCCCCUCCUUCUAGAAUGCCUCCCCCUCCUUCUAGAAUGCCUCCCCCUUCCCCCCUCCUUUUAGAAUGCUUCCCCCCUCCUUUUAGAAUGCUUCCCCCCUCCUUUUAGAAUGCCUCCCCCUUCCCCCCUCCUUUUAGAAUGCCUCCCCCUUCCCCCCUCCUUUUAGAAUGCCUCCCCCAUCCCCCUAUCUCUCAAGUCACCACGUGCAAGGGGAGUUCCCUUUUAGGGAGGGGGGAAGGGAAGUUCCCAUCUGCUUCCACCUUCCCCCGCCUGCCACCCAUUGUAUUCUGGGGCCCGCUCAUUGAGUGUGCUCAGCCACUCCUUCCCCUUUUACAUGUCUUGACUUGAGGACAAAUACCAAACACCUGACAAUAUGGAAACCCCUUCCCUCCCCAACCACAACUCUUGAUCGCCUUCCAACUACCAAAGUCAUUGCAUACGAUCUUUAAAUAGAGAAGCCAUCUUGUCGCGGACCACGCUGGCUCCGACGCUUUAGACGCCACCGGUACGGCUCCCAUUUUUGUGCACAGGCAGUUUCCCGGUACUACCUUCUUCCAGCAGCUCCCAGACACCAUUACUGACUUUGUUAUCCGCAUGAGGAAGUGACUGUUAAGUGUUUGUGUUUCGACCCUCUUUUAAGUAUAAUGUAUAUGUAUUUCUCGACAGCUCUGGUCAGAUUUGGUGCUUUGUGUUGAGAGACUGUCCAUAUAUCCUGCCGGUCGGCCCCCCUCGUCUUUGUUUUAAAAGGCGGCGUGCCGGUCCGGUGAAAAGAAAAAAGCCGAUGACGUUGGGAGUUUACAGUAUUUUUAUUGCACAAUGCUGUAACUUGGAUUUCUGUACAAAAAAUGACGUUUCUACGUGUUUGACACGUAUUAAAUAUUUUGAAAAGUU